UUUUCUUAUAAAGAAAAAAAUGGCUGGUCCCAAAAAAGUUCUAAAAGUCUUUGCACCCCACUGUCUUUUCCCAUUUGGAAUGUCAAGUUUUGAAAAUACAGCAUGCGAAGUGAUCAAUCAUUGCGCUCCCAAAAAUGAGUAACAGAGAACAAAGAAGCUUCACAAUAACUAAAACAGCGGAGAUGCCAUAUCCGACAAUACUUACUUCACUUCUCCUUCUCCUUCACUUCACUUUCGUAGCUUGCACCAUACCCCUCGGCUCUGUUCUUUACGCAACCGGUUCAAACCAGUCUUCUUGGUCGUCUCCCAGCUCCACUUUCUCCGUCUCCUUCGUUCCAUCGUCUCCCCCUGGCUCGUUCCUCGCCGCCGUAUCUUUCGCCGGCAACGUUACCGUAUGGUCUGCAGGAAGCGUUGACUCCCGAGGCUCCCUUCGUCUCUUACCCUCCGGCUCCCUCCGCCUCAUCAGCGGCUCCAACACCACCCUCUGGGACUCCGGAACGGAUGGUGUCGGCGUCGUUUCCGGGACCAUUGAUGACUCCGGUGAACUUCGCCUCCUCAACAACCUAAGCAUCACUGUCUGGUCAUCCUUUGAUCACCCGACAGACACUGUCGUGCAGUCGCAGAACUUCACCGCUGGUAUGGUUCUGCGAUCUGGUAACUACUCGUUUCAGUUAGAGAGGAGAGGGAACCUCACACUUAAAUGGAACAAUAGUACGACUUACUGGAGCCAAGGGCUAAAUUCGUCUUUAAACAUGAGCCUAUCGUCCUUAAGUUUACAUACUAACGGACUUCUGCUGAUCUUUGACUCCACUCAUAAUGGCGGAGCUGAGAUCGUUUACAGUGUAGAUUACGGUGAAGGUAGCAGUAAUUUUAUGUUCUUGAAGCUAGACGAUGACGGAAAUUUGAGAAUCUACAGUUCCGCGAGUAGGGACAAUGGCCCUAUGACGAGUCGCUGGUCAGCUGUUGCUGACCAGUGUCUCGUCUAUGGGUACUGUGGGAAUUUUGGGAUUUGUACCCACAAGGAUACAAAUCCGAUUUGCUUGUGUCCGUCUCUUAACUUUGAUCAUGUUGAUGAAAAUGAUAAAAGAAAAGGCUGCAAGAGAAAGGUAGAGUUGAGUGAUUGCUUUGACAACGCAACCAUGGUUGAUUUGGAUCACACCAGGUUGAUUACAGACCCAGCUGACCCUAACUCGGAGGUUGGUAGUUCGUCUUGUGGAUCGAAUUGUCUCCUUAGCAGCACUUGUCUUGCUUCUGUCUCAUUGUCUGAUGGGUCAGGAAACUGUUGGCAGAAGCAAAGCGGUGGUUCCUUCAUCACCGGGUACGAGAGCCCAUUAGUUACGACUACUUCUUAUGUUAAAGUGUGCGGUCCAGUGUUGCGUAAUGGACCUUUGGUUGCAACAAAAGGUGACCGUAAAACCUCAAAGUUAAAACUCAUACUCGGAGUCUCAGCAGCUUCAGUUGUGAUGAUCAUUAUCAUUGUCGCGGUGAUAGUAAGAGCAAAGAAAGCGAGAAAGAGUGAUUGGAAUAGCGAAAACAUUGAAGAGAUUGUAAUGUUGAAACAUUAUAGUUACGCAAGAGUCAAGAGGAUGACAAACUCAUUUGCAAAUGCCCUCGGGAAAGGAGGAUUUGGAACUGUCUAUAAAGGGAAGUUACCGGAUGGAAACCAAGAUGUUGCAGUAAAGAUCCUGAAGGAGUCAAAGGGGAACGGAGAAGAGUUCAUUAAUGAAGUAGCUAGCAUGAGUAGAACCUCUCAUGUUAAUAUUGUUUCCUUGCUUGGAUUCUGUUACGAAGGAAACAAGAGAGCUAUAAUCUACGAGUUCAUGCCAAAUGGAUCCCUGGACAAGUUUAUUUCCGAGCAUAUGUCAACAAAGAUGGAUUGGGAGAAGCUAUAUAAUAUUGCGUUAGGUAUCUCUCGCGGCCUAGAGUAUUUGCACAAUCGUUGUGUGUCAAGGAUUGUGCAUUUCGACAUAAAGCCACAAAAUAUACUCAUGGACAAAGACCUUUGUCCCAAAAUUUCAGAUUUUGGUCUUGCUAAGCUUUGCAAAAAUAAAGAGAGCAUCAUAUCAAUGCUUGAUGCGAGAGGGACAGCAGGAUACAUUGCCCCUGAAGUGUUUUCGAAGAAUUUUGGAGUAGUCUCGCAUAAGUCUGAUGUGUAUAGUUAUGGGAUGGUGGUUCUUGAGAUGAUUGGAGCAAGGAAUAUAGGAACCGUGGAACACUCUGGAUCCAACAAUAGUUCAAUGUACUUUCCAGAUUGGAUUUAUAAGGAUUUUGAGAGGGAACAAAUCAUGAAGAUUUUUGGAGAUCAUAUAAGCGAAGAAGAAGAGAAAAUUGCAAGGAAAAUGGUAUUGGUUGGUCUAUGGUGUAUUCAGACCAAUCCAACUCGUCGUCCAGCAAUGAUCAAAGUCAUUGAAAUGCUAGAGGGGAGUCUAGAGGCUCUCGAGGUACCACCUAAGCAUCUCUUGUGUUUAACCGCAACAAGGGUUCCAGAAACUACUGAAGAUAGUAAUAAUGAGACUUCAAGCUUCUCUUACCCAAGUCAGUUUGAAAGAGGCACCCUCUCUGGUGAUGAUACUUUACGCAUUUCCGCAUAAUAUAUAGUUAAAUGUCCUAGCUCUUAAAUUAAAGUCAACAAAGAGACCGGAUCUCGUACAACUUGUCGAGAUCUUGGGAUAUUUGUGUUGGUUGUUUUUAUAAAUUUUAUGAUUUCAUGGUGUUAGUUACAUGCUUAUGAGAUGUAUAUGUUUUUA